CUGUCUGUGUCUCUUAUUCAUACAAACCCCCACUUUGUAGCCAUACCACACCAUACAUACCAUGGACCCCCUACCCUGCCCCCCGCCCCCAAAAAUCACUCACUCCCCUGCUCCAAACUUACACGCUUCCAUUAUCCACCCACCCAUCCAUCCAUCGAAUGAAUCACCUCCUGCCGCCCCCGCCCCCACCAGCAUACGACGACCGCCAUGGCGGUCCACCCCCUCUGCCACCCCUCUCCCUCUCUCGAUCUCGAUCUCGUUCGUCGUAUGGGUCAUAUCUGGGCCGCCCUCGGUCGUGGCGUGAAGGGCCGUAGUCGCGGCUGUCUCGGGAGUACGACCGGUCAUCAUACCCUCGGCCUCGCUCGCGGUCAUACUGCACAUACACACACAUGGCGAAUGGUGAUGGUGACGGGAGGGGGAGAUUGAGGGAGGAAGGGGGCCUCUUACCGAUGGUGGUCUGUAAGGUGGUGGGCCGCCUUGUGGGGGCACGUUGAAGCCCGCAAACAUGCCUGGCUGCUGCUGUCCGCCGAACAAAGGAGGCCCCAUGCCGGGCUGCCCGUACAGACGAUCAUGCGUGCUGCCGCCGCCCACUGUUACACACACACAGAGAGAGAUACACAGACAGAUGUCGGCGUAUCGGUGGGUGGUGGGCGAUUACUCUGCAUGGUCUGCCAGGGGUGUUGUGUAGGCACAGGUGGUCGCAUGAGCGGCGGGCCACCACCGCCCAUCAUAUCCAUGCCCAUGCCGCCAGGGACCAUCAUCGGCGGCCCGCGAACGGGGAACAUUGGAAGGCACCCUGCAGACAGACAGACAUACACGCAGCGCACAGACACACGGACAUCCCACAUGUGUAUAUGGCGUGUCCUCUUCCCUCCCACCACACACACACACACACACACGCACCGUAGUAGUGGCCAGGGUCGGUCUGCCUCCUGUCCGGCCCGUUCUGGUAGCCUCUCCGCCCCUCAUAUGACCGGUCGCGGUCACCAUAUCCCCGGCCGCCUCGGUCGCCGCGGUUGAAGCUGCCCCGAUGAUCUCGAUCGUAUGACUGGCGGCCGAGUCCGAGGGUGUUGCGGAUCAUGCGCUUGGCCACCUCUCCUUGGAAGCCCUUCAUGCGGCUCUCAUCCUGCACACACAUGGACAGAGGGAAUGAGAGAGAGAGAAUGGAUGGAUGGAUGGAUGGAUGGAUCAUGUGUGUGUGUGGGGUGGGAGGGAGGGGGGCGACGUACAUCCAUCUCUUGCUCCUCGACGAUGGACGGUUCUGGGUCUGCGGACGGCAGGAGGCGACAGAGAUGCCGCGGUGGGGAGGGGAGGCAGAGGUAGAUGGCCGACGCACACUCGGACACCAAGUCGGGCUCACCCUCUGCACCAUACCAAGGGAGCAGCGGACACACACGUCACAUGGCUGUGUCUCUGAUGUGUGUGUGCCGGAGUGUCCCUGUGUUCUGCGCUUGCCAAUGGGGGACUUGAACGGCUGCGAUGGCAAUGCAGCUGUUGGGUGGCGCGUCACGCGACCACCGAGGCCGUCACUCAAAGACAGCUGAGUGACCACACACAGCGCCCGAGACACACAUGAGUGCCGUUCGAGGGAUGGAUGACCCACACACGACACGACCGCUUCCGCUCACCGUGAUGUUUUCGACGAUCUUCUCAGGGUCCUCUGCAAGGUUCACGCCACGCAGCUGAUGACAACAGACGACACACAUCCACACAAUCCGCCACAUGCCGGCCAACCCCACACCCCCAUCUCACUCUGCUCAGUACCUGUGUGGCGAGUGCGUGUUGACAGUGGACGAAGAUGUAUUCCUUGCCGGGGGCGUUCCGCUGCCUCUCGAUGUCCGUCAGCUGGCCGUGGAGUGGGGCGAGGGAGGCCAGCAGCCGCGCCUCGUCGAUAAAGGGCAGCAUGGCCACCCACUGCCAGCGAAACCUGAUGGAUGGAUGGAUGGAUUCAUGUGUGUGUGUGUGCGUAUGUAUGUAUGUAUGUGUGGGUGGGAGGGAGGGAGGGAGGAGCGGUUGGAACCUACCUUUUGCCGUCGGGGUCUUCCUUGAACUUGGUGGGGUAGAAGUCGAUGAGGGGCGAGGAGGGCUCACGCAUCAGACGGGUGUAGCACCUGAUUGAUGGAUGUAGUGAUGGGCAUAUCCUUUUGUGUGUGUGUGUGUGUGUGUGUUGCGAUGCACCACCUACUCGGGUAGGCAGUGGCCGGACUUGGCCGGCAGGACGGCCAUCAGCUGCUGGAAGGGCGAGAAGGGCUCACCCAACGAAUCAGCUGCGAAUGCACUCUGACGACACACACAACACACGCAUCGAAAACGCAUUCACAACACUCGCCCUCUCCCUCUCCCUCUCGCUCUCAUUGUGUGUGUGAGCGUGCCUUGAUUUCGUUCGGCCACUGGUCGAGCUUGGCGAGGUCGCUUGCGAAGGGUGCGUAGUGGAAGGGGAAGAACCACCGCCAGCUGGAGCAGCCCUGGUAGUAGUACUUCAUGACCCACACCAGCCCUUGAGCGUACUUCUGACACACACGCGUGGCGAACUCCUCCAGAUCUGCACCACACACACACACACAGGGAGGGAGAGGGAGGGAGGGAGGGUGGGUGGAGCACCCAGACAGACCACAUGGCCGGCCCGUGGGCAUAGCAUACCGUCUUCCUCUUCGAUGUGGAAUUUCCGGCGGUAGUAUCGCUCGCGAUAGUCCUCCUUGCGACCCACACCAAGCUGCACCGGGUCAUCCUACACACACACACGGAGAAAGAGGGAGGGAGAGAAUCGUGUGUGUUGGGUGGGCAGAUAGAUGGCUGGCCGGGACAUCUACCGACCGGUUCGGCCACUUCGUUGUUGGCUUUGAUCUGCUCCUUGAGUGUCUGCUUGAACUCGUCAUAAUCGACCUGAAGCUUCGGCUUGUCAUAAUCCACCUUGCGCUUCCCCUGACACACAACACAACCAACAAAUCAACCAACGGUGUGCGUGGUGUGGAUGCCCUCUCUCUCUCUCUCUGUGUGUGUGUGUGUGUGAGUGUGUGUGUGUAGAAGGCUUCACGUACCCCCUCCUCGUCGGUGCGGAUGCGUUUGGGUGGCGGCUGGUCGUCGCCCGUGAGCAUGACGAGACUCCUGCCCUUCCCCGUCCGGCUGUAGCUCACGCCCUCCCCCGUCUCGCGCACCGUCAAUGUCAACGCGCUCUCACCGACGACACCCGGCCCCUCAUUGGGCGCGGCGACAGGCGUCACGCUAGCAGCAGCAGCAGGUGGUGCUGGUGCUGGUGCUGGAGGGGCUGCUGAAGGUCCAGACCUGCAGCAGACAGAGAGGUCCAUUCAUGUGGAUUGCCCAGCCUUCCUUCGCACACGCACCCGUUCUCCGGGCCAUUCUCGUUAUUUCCGUUGUCCAUGUCGGCAUCUUUGGCAUCGCUGGCAUCCUCAUUGUCGCCGCCCCCACCAGCAGCCGCAGCCAUGAGCCUUUCCUUCAGACGUCUGGCCGCCUCCUCAUUGGGGUUGUUGGCCAUGGGGGCUGCCGGUGGUGGUGGUGGUGCUGGUGGAGGGAUGGGUUUGGUGGCUGGGAAGAGGGGCUCGUUCUUUGAAGGCUUGACGACCACCUGGCGAGUGGCCUCCUGGUCGCGCAGGGCCGCCUCGCGACGCUGACGAUCUCGCUCCUGCAACACACACACCAACAGAGAGAGAGAGAGCGAGAGAGAGAUGGAUGCACGUGUGUGGGUGUAGGUGUGGGAGGGGUGGUGGGGUGGGGCUGCGUACCUUCUUGAUGAGGUCUCUGUGGAAGAUUUCGUCUUCAACGCGUCCGAGGUAUGUGACGAACUGUGCGACCUGCGGGAUGUUGACCUCUCCCUCGUUGGUAAGGUAGUCUCCCAACACCGGCAGCACCUACACACACACACACACACACCACAUGUGUGUGCCCCGCGGGGAUGCGAUCGAUGCCUCCGCACUCAACUCACUCACCUGCAUGUAUAGGUCGACUGCACACACACGAGACAGAGAAGGAAGAGGACAGAAACACGUGUGUGUUGUGUCCUCUCAUCGGGUGCGUGCCCGUCAUUGAUUCGUUCCCCAACUCCCUCACCCAUCUGGUCGAUGCUGCCCUUGUGGAUGGAGAGCGACGGCAGGUGCGGGAGGAAGUCGUUCCCGACGAAGAAACACAUGAACACAAAGUCGUCGAUGCACCGCUCCAAGUCGUACGCAAAGGGCAGCUGCCGCGGCUGCUCCCCCGUGCCCGCCUUGGCACGCGCCUCGCGCUUCUAAAGCCCCCCACACACACAGAGAGACAGAGAGACAGAGAAAGAUGACCACAGACACGUGAAGCGCACGGUGUCUGUCGAGGGACAGCGUACGUGGAAGUCGAGCUCGAAGCUGAGGUAGUCUCUGAGGACGGGGAUGCGGAGGAUCUGGAAGGGCUUCCACGUCAUGGCCUUCUUCUCCGCCUCGUCGGCCUCGUCAGCACCCACACCCUGGCCCGACUGACCCUGAGAGAGAGGGGGUUUGGAUGUGUCAGGAGUGAAGACGAUCUCGCGUAUGAUGAAGAAGUGGGCCUCGUGUGUGGCCAGGCCCAGCAUGAUCAGAUCCGCAUCGGCACCGUACAAACAGUGACGCAAAUUAGCGUCAUACCUGCACAGCACACCCAUAAGAGGACCACACACACGCGUGUGUUUGGAUCUCUCUCUCUCUCUCUGUGUGUGUGUGUGUGUUGUGUACCCAGGCUGCGAUCUCUGCGCCCGUAUGAAUGCCAUGAUUUUGUGUUCGCCCUCCCCCGGGCUGUUGGCGUCGGAGAGGAUGACCUUGAUGCCCUUCCACGCCGGGUUGCUGAUCAUGCGAUCGUGGAUGUAGUAGCUUAGGGGCACACACAACAAAACAAACACAGUGCGACAGACACGAUGAGAUGAAUGUGCAGGGCAGGUGUUGUGUUGUGUGUGGGCGUGUGGUUGGCUACUUACUGGAGAGCGAUUGAGAGCCGGUGCAUGAAGGGUGUGCCGGGGGUGAUGACGUUGCUGUCCCAGUGCUCCUUCGGAGGCGGGAUCUCGCGACCAUCUGACCGACCGACCGGUCAUACAAUCACAAUCACACCAUCCGUCCAUCCAUGUGUGUCCGCACCGCGUGUGCGCAUCUCGCGCGUGUGUGUUGUGUGCGGGUGCGGUGCAUACGUACCCUUUUCGAACUGUUCCUUGAGCAGGGUGUACUGCUCCUCCUGUAUCUGGGCCUCCUGUGCGGCCUUGAACCGACGCGACCGCUGCUGAUUCAUCUUGGCACGGGGCGCCACGCCAUCUGCCCACACGUGUGGGUGUCCAUCCGUCGUGUCUGGCUGGCUGGCUGGCUGUCUGUCUGUAUACCCUACCGAUGGCCAUGUAGAGCAGCUUCCGCGGCCGGAUGAUCGAAAACAGCCUGAGAUGAGGAGGGCGGCAGGGGGAAAGGAGGACCAGCCAGCCAGUGAUGAGUGUGCCACCCUUCUGAAGUGCCCCACACCACUGACUCCACUCACUUGUCAAUGUAGUGGAACACGUUGAGGAACAUGUGGUCCUCUGACUCAGGCGUCGGCUGCACACACACACACACACACACACACAGCACAGUGGACACGCCACAUGUGUCACCCACCGUCUCGUUCUCUCUGCUCUGUGUGUGUCUGAUCUGACCGAGUCCUCUGGGUGGCAGCAAGGGUGGAUGAUGCCGUUCAUGUCGAGAUACAGACAGUCGAACUCGCCAUUGGGGUUGGGCUGCCGGUCAUCCACUGGGAUCACCGUGCCGUCGAUGGACACACCUAAACACCACACCCACAGGCAGGCAGCAGCCAGAUCAGAUCGGCACACAGGAUGAAAACAAACAGAUUGUCUGCGUGGCAUAUAUUUGUGUGUAUGUGUAUGUGCAGUGCAGUGCACCUGAGUUGGGUUCCUGGGCGUCGACGACUAUCUUUGGAAAGCGGACGCACAGCCACUUGAAGAACGUCGGAACUCCCAUGGCGCCACAACGCUACUCACUGAAACAACAAGCUAGCGACAAUCGCAGUCACCACAUCGGGGCAGAAAAACCAUCCUCACUCCCUUCUGCCCUUCCCC